UGUGCUCAGUGUCAGUGUAGCUGUUUAAAAGUGACAGAGCUGGGUGUUUGUGUGACUGUGCUCAGUGUUAGUAUAGCUGUGUAAAAGUGACAGAGCUGGGUGUUCGUGUGACUGUGUAAAAGUGACAGAGCGGGGUGUUCGUGUGACUGUGCUCAGUGGUAGUUUAGUUGUGUAAGAGUGACUGAGCUCCAGUGCUAGUGUAGUUCAGCUCAGUGCUGCUUCUCUCGGCCUGAAUGGUGUACUCACAUCCAUCUCUCUGAGCUCCAGCCUUCACCAUCAGCCCCACACGUACACAGUCAUAAAGGACACGGACUCCGGCACACAGCCACACAAAACAUGAUCAAACUCUUUUCUUUAAAACAGCAGAAAAAAGAUGAAGAAUCUGCCGGAGGAAACAGAACCGGAGCCGGGGGUAAAAAAGCAAGCGCGGCCCAGCUGCGGAUACAGAAAGAUAUCAAUGAGCUGAACCUUCCAAAGACGUGUGAGAUUGUGUUUCCUGAUCAGGAUGAUCUACUGAACUUUAAACUCAUCAUUUCACCAGACGAGGGCUUCUAUAAAGGAGGGAAGUUCGUGUUCAGCUUUAAGGUAGGACAGGGCUACCCUCACGACCCACCUAAAGUGAAGUGUGAAACAAUGGUGUAUCACCCCAACAUCGACCUGGAGGGAAACGUCUGUCUAAAUAUUUUAAGAGAAGACUGGAAGCCUGUGUUGACAAUUAACUCCAUCAUAUACGGACUACAGUAUCUAUUCUUAGAGCCAAAUCCCGAAGACCCGUUGAACAAAGAGGCUGCGGAGGUGUUGCAGACGAACCGGCGGCUUUUCGAGCAGAACGUCCAGCGGUCGCUGCGUGGCGGAUACGUGGGGGCCACCUACUUCGAGCGGUGUCUGAAAUAGUGCCCCGCCCGGCCGGCCGGCGCUCCAUACCAAGACACAUUUAUCGUUUACACACGCUGACUGACACUGACGGAGAGCGGAGGGGGG